GAGUGUCGGCGCCGGAGAACUACAAGCCGCCCUCUCCGCUUCAUUCGCAGUGCAUGCCGGGGGAUGUGGUGCGGCCCCGGCUGCCCGCGGGGAAGCGCUCAGCCGUGGAGGCGUCCGUUUAGUUUUGCCGCCCGAGAACGAGGGGCUGGGGGUCCCCUCAGAGGGUCUGCUCUGGCGGAGAGCGCCAGGCCAGCAUCGGGGAGGUGGUCGUCGCGGGCCCCCAGCGAUGGAUAAGUACGUCAUUCGGACGCCUCGGGUCCAGAAUAGUCCGCAGAAGAGGGAUCCUGGAGAAAAGAUUUACAAGCAGGCCACGAUCGAGUCUCUGAAGAGAGUUGUGGUUAUCGAAGACAUAAAAAGGUGGAAAAGUAUGCUGGAGCUUCCUGGCCAAACCAAAGAGAAUCUCGUGGAAGUCUUACAGGAACUGAAGAAGAAGCUGCCCUCCAGGGAGGUGUUGAAAUCAACGCGGAUAGGGAACACUGUGAACAAAAUGCGUAAACAUUCAGACUCAGAAGUGGCUUGUCUUGCCAAAGAAGUCUAUACUGAGUGGAGAACUUUCAUUGAACAACAUUCAGAUAAACCUUCCAUUGAAGUCCGAAGUGAUUCCAAAACUGAGACAUUAAGGAAGAAUGCCCAGAAACUACUGUCCGAGGCCCUGGAAUUAGAGAUGGAUCACCUACUGGUUGAAAAUAUUGAGCGGGAAACGUUUCAUCUCUGCUCCCGCCUCAUUAACGGGCCGUACCGGCGCACGGUGAGGGCCCUGGUCUUCACAUUAAAGCACCGAGCUGAAAUACGGGCCCAGGUGAAGAACGGCUCGCUGCCGGUCGGCACGUUUGUACAGACCCACAAAAAGUGACCCGACGCCGCUUCCAACCCGGGGCUGGGCACAAAGGGAAACGGGCCUCUCCAUUCAAAGCCUUCUUUGAGCCGGGUGGUGGCCACUGCCGGCUGCGCGCGUUCUGCCCGGGUGCCUCUCCUGCCGCCGCCAACAGUGCAGCGGGACUCCCGGGCCUGCGGGAAAGGCGGGGUGGGCCGCGGGCCCCCCGCAGCCUCAUCACAGGAGUGCCGGCUGUCCCGGGGAAGGCGCCCGCGCGGUGCUGUCACCCAGCCGGGGGAAAGGCUGACGGAUGGCACAGUGAGCAUGCCAAGGACACCUCUAAACUUCCCCCAUGGCGGGCAGAUGAAGCUGCCACUUUAUUUCGCCACCCUGCAGGUAACUGAAACUCAAUUACCGCGGCCGCUCCCUCGGUUCCAUCCCCCUGAGUUUAGGCUGCGCCCGCGCCUCUCAGAACUCCCCGGUCUGUUCUCUUUGCUCUCCCCCAGGGGGGAGCCCGCCGAGCCAGCCGCUGCCCCUGCUCCCCAGAACCCACUUAUCUGGAUGCUUCAGCUCUGCCUGGAAGACCUUGGUGCAGGUACCCCGGCCCCCAUGCUGGGCCUUCUAAUGAGGAUCUGGCCCGAAGCAUCCCCACGCCUUGGGGUUCAUUUGAAUUAUGCCGGCGCUCUGGGCCUCAGACUCAGCGGAAGGAGAUGCAUAAUGUGCAUGAUGGAAAUUUCCCCUGAAAUAAAUUGCUGGGAGAGGAAGGAAACACAGUCCUGUGUAUUCUACACACCGUGCCUGGCGGAGGGACUGCUUUGUGUCGUUUUGUGAACGAUACUUGCUUUUUAAAAGUGAUGAGAAUAAACAGGGACUCCCCCCCACUCCCCCCAAAAAUAUAAUAAUAAAAUUAAAUUAAAAUUAUAGUAAUUUGUUUAUGUUUCAUGGCUUUUCAUGGAUAAAAGGUUUUGAAUUGAUAAGUUUAGACGGUGAAACUUAAGAAGAAUAGACAAAAACAUGAGGGGACUAGUAAGACCCAAGGACGUUUGCUUUGUUUUCGUUUCGUUUUGUUGGGGGUUUUUUGUUUGUUUUUUGUGUUUGGCCCAUACCUUGCGUGCUUGGGUCGGCCACGUGCCAGGCAAUGCCUUCCCUGCUGCUCUGUCUCCCGGGCCCCCAGGGAGACCAGACAUGUUCGUGAUCUAAGAAGAAGAAAGAGAGAGAUCUAAAACCCACAGAGAGCGGAGGGGUCAGAAAGCAAGUGCCAGACCCACAGGGUAGGACGGGGGUGAAGUCACUUGCCCUGCGUGCAGCCUGGCACCGCAGGGGGCCCUGAGCUCAGAGCCAGGAGUAACCCCGAAAGAACUAUGGGGUGUGUCCGACCCCCCCACCCCCCGACACAAGCACGGGCAGAAGGGAAGACAUCGUCCGCCUCCUCAGUGUUAGAUGCUUCUCCUAAGACCAUGAAUUAGCGUCUCUCUUGAUCUGUGCAUCGAUUUUUUAAAUUUUUAAUCCUGUGUAAUCCUCUUACCGCUCAUAUUUUCGUAGGUGGUACUGUUUCUGGUUUUAGAUGACUUCACUGAGGCGGUCACUAGCCGUGUCCACAUGCGCGAGCAGAAGCAUCUCGUUCAUUUUCCCCCCAUAAGUGACUAAGAUUAACAUCAGAAUAAUAUUGGUGAACUCAGCGUGUGCUCAGUCCCAGGGCAGACGUUUGGCUAAUUGGUGGAGAGGCAGUGGCGGGAGGGGUGGGGGGUGGUACUGCACUACCGAGAGAAGAGGCCCACGUGACUCGGCCACAGAGGGCGAGUGGCAGGUGGACGGCCCCAGUCACGUGUGUGUGGAUACCUGAUUGAUCUCAGCCAGUGUCCUGGCUGCAGGCAGACUCUGUGUGCUGCUGACACUAGAGUUCGUCACCGAGCCCUUCCCUGUCCCCCAAGUCUGAGACGCUCUCUUCCUGUCACUCUCUCAGUGGCCCAGUGGCCAGGCUACCAGCCCUUCCAACGAGGGGCUCGGGUAGGCGGGACUUCACCCAGCCUCGUCCGGGAACUUGACUUCUCGCGUGCAUUUAGAAUCUCUUGCACGUCCCUCAGACCACAUCGGGCUCUCUCCUCUGGUGUCCGGAUGAGUCUGGGUCGGGUUCCCCUGCCCCCUGUCUUCCCCUGUUCAAAAUCACCUCAACAGGGGCUGGAGCGAUAGCACAGCGGGUAGGGCCUUUGCCUUGCACGCGGCCGACCCGGGUUCGAUUCCCAGAAUUCCAUAUGGUCCCCUGAGCACCGCCAGGAGUAAUUCCUGAGUGCAGAGCCAGGAGUAACCCCUGAGCAUCACCGGGUGUGACCCAAAAAGCGAAAAAAAAAAAUCACCUCAACAGCAGAAACAGAGGGAUGGGAUUGAGAAUGUCGGUCCUCCUCGGCGUCUUCUUUUCUCUCUGUGGAACAAGGAUUCCUCUCCCACCUUUCCCCGAUGCCCUGCAGGACGUCCUGUACAUGGUCCUGUGCAUGGUCCUGUGGCUCUGCCCCAGAAUUGCCAUCCUAAGUCAGAAAUCUCUCUGACCCCUAUGGGUGUCCUCAGUGACCAGACACUUGUCCCAUAGUGAGACCCACCGUCCAAUCAGUGGGCGUCCAGGAUGCUUCCUCCCCUCCUCCCUUCCCGUCUCCUGCGUAGCCAGAAUGAGCCUUUGGAAAUGUAAGACAGCCCGUAUCUUUCCUCUGUUCUCAAAAGAGAAGGUCACUUCCCGUGGCUUCCAUCUCACGGGGCACAGAUCCCACCCCCUUACCAUGUCCUCCGAGGCUGACACGACCCUGGUUCCUGGUCACCUCUGGGCCUCCUUUCCUGACUCGCUCACACCCCUGGUCCCUUGGCUGUUCUGCAUGGCACCUGGGCAAGCACCUGCCUUGAGGACUUUGCACGAGUGCUGUUUUCCUUGGGUGCCCCCGGGUGCCAUGUUCUCCGCAUCAGGAGCUUUGUCCACUUGGCCCCUCUCUCCAUUUCUCUCAGCCGCACCAGAAAGGUCUCGACUGGCUCUACUGGCGACCGUCAGUCACCCUCCCAGCGUUCCCCCACCAGCCACUCCCAGACGUUCCUCCCUGCUUCGGGCUGUGCCUCACGGGUAUGAGGCCUGAGCUGAUCCUGACCAAAAAAAAUAAAAGUUUAAAAUAAUUGAAUAAAGAAAAAUAAUUGAAUAAAUAAAAACUUUCUACCUAGCUUUCUUUCGA